AUGAAGUUCCUGACGGUUUUCGCAGUCUCCGCGCUAGUCGCCAGUGCUUACGGAGCUAGUCUCGACGUUUACGACGGUCCGGUUAACUUCGAUGGCGAGAGCCGGCUCGGCCAGGAUGUCCGUGAACUAUCCUACGACGGAAACCUCGAUCUCGAGCAGCCCUCUACCAGAGCUCGUCGUUUCACCUGCGACGUCCUGUCCUUCAAGAGUGCGUGGAUCUCGCCGAACGACUCGGCCAGCGCGGUCAGGUGCUUAGCCCAGAAUCGCAAAGGUGGAACUUGCAAGAACGGAAACUGUGAAUGUCACGAUUAACACCAGAGCAAUUACUCUUUGGCAUUAGAAUUAGAAUGAAUUAGUUGCAUGUAUAGGUGCUUUUUUGUAACGAGCACAAUGUUUAUUUACGUUUACUUUAACAAUGACACAAAAGUAUGAAAUAAAUACCGAGAAAAAUA